CCAGCCCCUUCCGGGCGUCAAGUUAGUGGCGGGAAAAGUGGUCCCUUCUGUGGUAGCGUCUGGCAGUCCUACGCGGUAUUUUUUUCUGCCAGCCAAGAUGGAGAAGCCAUCCGAGGAGCAUGAGGUUGCCGAGCCCGCGGACUCCCCAGGGGAAGGCGGGCCGCCGCCGGUCUCUGGCGCCGAGGCGGGGCGUCCCGAGGACCACACGACCCUGCUGCUCAGGCUGAGAGCACAGACAAAACAACAACUCUUAGAAUAUAAAUCAAUGAUUGAUGCAAAUGAAGAAAAAACUCCAGAAGAAAUCAUUCCAGAAAAACAAAUUGAAACUAAAAUUGAAGACCUAGAAAAUGAAAUUGAAGAGGUUAAAAUUGCUUCAGAAAUGAAAAAGCUUGCAUUAGACAGGAUGCAACUUUCUACUGCACUUAAGAAAAACCUCGAGAAAAGUAACAUCCAUACUAGUGCGCUCAUGGAUAACAUGAAACAUAUAUUAAAGCUAAAUAAAUUAAUAAUGAAAUCACAGCAGGAAUCUUGGGAUUUAGAAAAAAAACUGCUUGAUGUUAGAAAGAAGAGAUUUGAAUUAAAACAAGCUUCAGAAAGUAAGCUUUUAGAAAUACAGACUGAAAAGAACAAACAGAAAGAUGAUUUGGACUGCAUGGAAAAGUCAGGCGAGAUAAAGACCAUACAACAAAACCUACAAAUGGAGAUACAAAUUACUACAGUUAUUCAACAUGUGUUCCAGAAUCUCAUUUUGGGGAGUAAAGUCAAUUGGGCAGAGGAUUCUGCCUUUAAGGAAACUGUUCUGCAGCUUGAGAAGAAUCUCACCAUGAUCUAAUAAGAAUUCUAUUUUGGCAUCAUUUGUUUCUGUCCUUGGUAUGUCCUUUAAAUAGCAAAUUUCAAGUGAAAUUUUUUUUGGUAUUUUUGGAACUAUCAUAAUACUGCAAUUAUUGUUUAGCUUGAGUUAACACUAUAACAUGGAAUCUAUUGUUUUAAAUAUAAUUAAAGUGACUGGCAUACUUUAAAAGAAUCUGAAAAUCUUAGCCUUGCAAGGAUCCAGAAAGACAUUAUCUAGUCCAGCUUUCCACGCAAUGUGGAUAUUUCCACAACGUUUAUGGAUGUCCCAGCUUUCAUUUGGAAUACUUCCAUGCAUUUCUUUGUCAACCAAAAUAGUAGAAAAAUUAGGAAAGCAUAUCCAUAUCUUUAUUUUUUUAACUGUCAGUUAUAUUUUAUUCAAAUAAAUCUUCUUUUAGAUUUAUCUCACUACAGAUUCUUUUUUUAAGAUGUAAUUGACUUUUAACAUUGUGUAAGUUUAAGGUGUACAGUAUGUUGAUUUGACCACUGUGGCCUUAGGUAACAUCUCCAUCAUGUCACAUAAUUAUCAUUUCUUUUUCAUGGUGAGAACAUUUAAGAUAUAAUGUCUUGGCAACUUUGAAGUAUAUAAUACAGUAUUGUUACCUAAUCACAAUGCUAUGCAUUAGAUCUCCAAAACUUACUCAUCUUCUAACUAUAAGUUUGUACUCUUUGGCCAACAUCUCAAUCCCUGCCUUCCCCCCCUCCCCAACCAUUUCUUUAAACAAAGACCCAAAUAAAGCACCUCACCCUUGAAAAAGAAAAAAAAAUAUGUCCUAAGUGUUAAAAGUUGUGGUCAUUAUAAAGGAAUUGUGACUUUUUCUUUUGUAUUUCUAUAUUUAUUAUGUAUUACUUUUAUAAGUCAAAAAAUGAAUGUUACUCUUCUAAUUAAAAAAUAGAACUUGUCAUUUUUUAUACAUCCCAUUCCAUCUUUUAAAAACUAAUUUGAGCUCUUUAUUAAUUUGGAGCUGUUGAUCAUUUUUAUAGACAAUGUAGUGUUUUCAGCAUUCUUUAAAAGACUUUAAUCUUGAAAAGGCACUGUUUGAGUAAAGCAUCCUAUGAACUAUUUAGAAAAAUGGUUUUUUGAACACGCUAAAUGUUUGACUUCCCCAGGCUGCUCUUCCACCUGGGUCCUGUGCAUGAUUACAGCAACCAGCCUGGUAGCAAUUUCCAUCCGUCUCUACUCCCUUAAUCACAGGCGAGGCGCCAUCCAGAUUGGCACAUGCCAAUCACUUCAUCCUGGCUUUCUCCUGACAGGGAUUUUGCAUAAUAGGUUUUGGCAUUGAAAGCCCAGGGGGCCAUUGUCUGGAACCCAGGGCUUCAGUUUACUCCCGAAUAAUCCACUCCCAAAUAAGUUUCUAUGUCACUAAUUGAGCCAUUAAAUGGCUAGCUCUCCAACCUCCUAAAUUCUAAAACUUUAAGUCAUCGGUCCAUCUCCAUUUCAAUUAAUGUGUUUAAUGGUAACAUUUUUAAGUAUACAAAGUACAAUUACAAAAUAAAAGUUUUCCAUGUAAAAAAAAAAUUAAAAAAACUUGAAAAGAUGUACUGCAGUUGGUUAUAGCAUUUGAAAUCUGUUCUUUAGAUCAAUAAUAGAAAUAGAGAUUUGCCUAAAUUUGUGUUAUAAGCACUUUUCUUUGGAAUAUUUAUACUUUUAUGUCAUUUUUUAAAAUAAACCAUGAUUUAUUUGUAAUUUUAAUAAUAAAUCAUGAUUUGUAAUAUUAUUCCUUAUGCCACAGUUCUUGGAAAUUGUCUAUGUAAGUUGUUGUAAAACAGGUUAUAUUUUUCUUCUAGAAAAACAUUCUGGAAAAUGCCUUCCUGAUCCAAAGAUACAGCAUUGAAUAAAUUAUAGAUGCACAUUUUA